AUGGCAAGCGAACGUAUGUUUGAUGAGUCUAUUAUUAUUGAAGACUAUUUCGCUUCGCCCUUAAAAUCAGGGCAUGAAAACCCAACAACAACAACGGAGAAUAUUAACCUUGUUUGUCUAGGCAACGAAUUCUCUUGGGAGGGAACCUUAGACGGAUUGAAGGCAUUUAUACAAAAUGACUUGGAGCUUGAAGGAAAUUGGUCAUCGCCCGGCGGCGACGUGAAAGUUUAUACAGGUCCUAAAUACACCAUAAAGUGGCAUGGAAGAUCUAAAAAGAAGCUUAGGAUCGUUCGCGAUGAUAGUGACCAAAAUUUACGUAAGAAAUUAAAGGACCAAUCCGUUAAAACUUAUAAAGAGAAACCGUAUGACGAGCUACAAAGACAACCCGAAGGAAAUAUGGCGCCGACAAAAAGUAAAAAGCUAGAUGAUUCGUCAAGAGAUACCUGUCUUGAGCUAUCUUCCCACACCACGAAACAGCGAGAGGGGGAAAAGAAUGUGAUUAAAGCGAGGCCAUCUGAUGAAAACGGACAUAAAACCUGUGAUUUUCAGUGUUGUUGUAGGGAGCUUGCAGAUCAAGUCAAGCGUAUCGAAGGAGACAUAAAAUUACUUAAGAAUGGAGUGAAAACUCACGAGGCGAACGAAACACUACAAUGUUGUAUGGGCACUUGUAAGAACGAAGAGACUCGUCUGAGAGAUUACCUAGAGGCAGCAAAUGCCACCAUAAAAGACCUAACGGCAAAAGUCCAGAAUCUCGAAAGCGAAAAGUCCAGCUUAUUAACAACAAUUAAAAUAAUUCAGGAAGAUAAUUCCCAACGGGCGAAUAAUAUGCAUACUAAGAAAGAUCCCCAUAAAAAUCCGUGGGUUGAAGUGGAAAAUAAUAAGAAAAAGAAACGUAAACAAAAUGCGAAGCAGAAAGAGCAACAAAAUAAACCACCAAUAAGAUCUGAUGCUGAGAAAUUAGUUGCUAAAACAAACGUAGAUAUGCGGCAAGAAACCCGAAGCGCAUCACCAAAGACAGCUGGACCAAGCGAUCAGACCAAAAAUGAUGAGAACCUCGACCUUGAGGGAAGCCACCCAGGCACUAAGCCAACAAGAGUAAUAGUGGCGGGUGACUCCAUGGGUAAACAUGUCAACGGUUAUAAGAUGUCAACGAAAAGCACAAAAAUUCAAGUAUCUGCCUUCCCCGGAAGUACCACGUUAGAUAUGUCAGAUUAUAUAAAACCGAUAUUAAGAAAGAAACCCGAUAAGCUUAUUAUCCAUGUCGGCACAAAUUGCCUAAAAAGUCGUGAAAACUCGGAGCGCUGUGCGGAGGAGGUUAUUAAAUUGGGCGAAUCAGUAAAAAAAUGCAUACCAGAGACGGAGGUGGCAAUCUCGAGCUUAAUAACACGAUCUGAUGACGAGUUUCUAACACGCAAAGUCAGCGAUGUUAAUAAAGUCCUAAAACAAACCUGCAUUCAGAAACAUUGGAAAUAUAUCGAUCACACGAACAUCACACCCGAGGAUUUAAACCAAAGCAGAAUCCAUCUAAAUAAAGUGGGAACAAUCAAGAUGGCACGCAAUUUUACCGAUUUUAUUUAUAACAGGAAACAUUAGGACAACGCCGUGUGGGAGCCUGUAGCUAAUACUGAAAUACAGCCAAGUAUAGAUGACCAAUCGUCGAUAACCUUGGGUGAGUCAAACGAAUCAAAUUACUCAAAUAUCUCAUUAUAUAAUUUAGAAAAAAUACCAUUUCAUCGGGGCAUGUCUAUGGCAUGUUUGAAUAUAAAUAGUUUAUUUGCCCAUAUAGAUGAAUUACGAGUAUUUAUGAGUAAUAAUAAAGUAGACAUAUUAUGUAUUAAUGAGACCAAACUUGAUUCAUCAAUUAAUGACAAUGAAAUCCAUAUACCAAAUUUUGAAAUCAUUCGAAGAGAUCGGCGUACAAAUGGUCGUCACGGCGGCGGCAUUUGCAUUUACAUUAGAAGUAAUAUUAAUUACAAAAUACGACAUAAUCUACAAUCUGAAACUCUCGAAAAUCUAGUUGUAGAAAUUAAGAAACCACGAUCUAAGUCUAUCCUAGUUAGUACAUGGUAUAGACCUCCAGAUUUACCUACUAGUUAUUUUGCCGAAUUCGAGCAAAUGAUUGGAUCGUUCGAUGCUGAAAAUUUAGAGUAUUUUCUGCUUGGUGAUUUAAAUGUUGAUUUUACCCCAACAACUGAGUCACCGAGCAAGAAUAAAGUAAAAGAAAUACUUGAUAUAUACGAUGUCGAACAAUUAAUAAACGAACCGACAAGAAUUACUGCUACAUCUAGCACCCUGAUCGAUUUAUGCCUAACCAAUACACCUGUAAAUAUUGUGAAGUCUGGUGUCAUACACGUAUCUAUUAGUGACCAUUCAUUAAUAUAUAUGAUACGUAAGGCUAACUAUAUACGAGGGGGCCCCAGAACGAUAGAUGCUAGAACAAUGAAGAACUUCAACAGAGAAUUGUUUCUAAGCGACCUUGAACUAAACCAUUGGGAUAGUGUCUAUUGCUCCCAGGACCCUAACGAAAUGUUUGAUGUCUGGAAAAAAAUGCUCAUGAAAACCAUAAAUAAGCACGCACCACUUAGAUCCAGGAGAAUUAGAAAUAGAAAAUCUCCCUGGAUUACAAAAGAUUUAAGACGCCAGAUAUUUAACCGAGAUUACCUAAAAAAGAAAGCUGUUACAUCCAAUGAUCCUAAAAUCUGGCAUCAAUAUCGACAAACUCGAAAUCACAUUAAUAAUGAAAUUAAAAAAACUAAACAAGCUUAUUAUAAGAAUAAUCUUGAAUCGAGUAAAGGCAACAUAAAAAAAACAUGGAACCUUAUAAAUGAACUAAGCUCUAGAAAUGUAAGCAAAACUAAAAAGAUAUCACAAUUAGAUUUUGAAGAGCGAGAAAUAACUGCACCUGAAGAAAUAGCUGAAACAUUUAACAGCUACUUCUCAGGUAUUGGUGAAAAACUUGCUUCCGAUAUUCCUGCUCCUGUGCGUGAUCCAGUAUUUUAUCUUAAACCAACUGAUAAAUCUUUCUCUCUCAAAACUCCCUCCGUUAACACAGUUUAUCAACUGCUGACUACAUUAGAUGAUAAGAAGUCAGCUGGUUUGGACAAUAUACCAAACAAAUUCCUAAAGAUAGCUGCAAGUGUUAUUGCACCCUCGUUAACAGGAAUAUUCACUGCAUCUAUUAAUACCGGAAUAUUCCCGUAUGAAUGGAAGGCAAGCAGAGUAACGCCAGUAUUUAAGAGUGGCACAAGAAAUAACCCAGGCAACUAUCGGCCUAUAUCAAUUAUUCCAUGUGUUGCUAAAAUUUUUGAAAAAAUCAUUUUCGAUCAACUACAUGGGUAUCUUGAUUCAAAUAAUUUGCUGAACACAUGCCAAUCUGGAUUUCGACCGUUCCACAGUACCCUAACAGCGUUGCUAGAAGCCACAAGCGACUGGUCCAUGAAUAUUGACAAUGGCCUAAUUAACGGAGUUGUAUUUAUUGAUUUAAAGAAAGCUUUUGAUACGAUCGAUCAUCAAAUUAUCCUACAAAAGCUUAAAAAUUAUGGUAUUGACGAAAACAGUCUUACUUGGUUUCAUUCAUACCUCACUGAUAGAACUCAAAAGUGCCGGGUAAACGGUCAACUGUCAGAUUCUGUGCCAGUGGCCUGCGGUGCACCUCAAGGUAGCAGCCUAGGGCCAUUGCUAUUCCUCAUCUACAUUAAUGAUUUACCGAACUGUCUUGAUCAUACAACUGCAAGAAUGUUCGCAGAUGAUACAAGUAUUAGUUAUGCAUCCGACUCUGCCAAAGAGCUCCAAAAUGUCAUUAACACUGAAUUGAAAGGUCUAAGCGAUUGGCUAACCACUAAUAAACUAAGCUUAAAUAUUGUAAAAACAGAAUUCAUGGUAGUUGGAUCUAGACAGAGAAUAAAAACACUAAAUAAUGAAAUAGAUAUUGAGAUAAACGGUAAUAUGGUCAACCAAGUUACUUCGGUAAAAUCUCUGGGUGUCCAUCUUGAUAAUCACCUUAUGUGGUCUGAGCAUACUGACAAACUAUGUAAAAAAAUUGCUUCAGCCAUAGGGGCUUUAAAAC